AUGAAGCAUUAUAUCAAAGCACAAACCGAUGACAUGAAAUCUAAAUUAAAAUUAAAUCAGAAUCGUCCUGCAGAAUAUAGGCUACACUUAUGCAGAAAACUAGAAAAGUCACGCGGAAGAUCGUCAAAGCAAAAGGUGUAUUCGUUUAAAAACACCGAGAAUCCAAUACAAAAGAACACAGAAGAUUUACGAAACACUGCACGCAGAAAGUCCUCAGAUGUGGAUAUGACAUAUCACACGAGACUUGUCUAGCUAUUGGCAAGAACUCCUUUGGAAAAUUAAUCCACUUCAGUUCGUAUUGCCGUACAAGACCGAAAGAUUACCAAAGAUCAAAGAAAUUUCGAUCGUCAGAUACUAUAAUUCAACAUCGUUCGCAAACGUUAAGCCAGUUCUGGAUUCAAUCUUUGCCACCUUUGGAAAACUGCAUACAGUCAAAAUUGACAACGAACCACCAUUUCAUGGUCACCAAUUUCGUGAAUAUGCAGAGAAGAAGGAGUUUUACCACCACAGAAUCACACCGAGACAUCCACGAGCGAACGGUGAAUAUGAACGAUUCAUGGAAAAUCUGAACGAAGCUAUUCGUAUAGCAAAGAAAGAAAAUACCGAUUACAAAGAGAAGAUAGACGGAAUGUUGGAGGCCUACACACCUCACUCAUCCAAAUCAAAAAGCCCGUUUGAGCUGUUGUUUGGUAGAAGGAUGAACAAGUCUUGUCUCGCUUGCAGUAUUUUCGUUUGCGUUUCGCGCCAAAACUGCGCUAUUUCUAGUGUUAAUUAG